AUGACCUCUAAUAAAAAUAGCAUUCCAGCAAUUGCAAAUUGGAAUUCAUCUGAGAUACUGGUCGAUAAAAAAUCUAAAUUCCAAGGCCAUUGUUGUAAUUUAACAGAUCAAAGUCAAAUACCUAUACUUUUGGAGCAAUUUGUAAAUUCUGAUAAAAACAUAGCAAAAGCUUCACAUAAGCAUAUGUAUGCCUGGAGAACAGGGAAACUAUCGCCUUCAGCAACUGAUAAUAAUAAUGUAAAAAAAAAUAUAAAAAAAAAUAAAGGAAAAAAAGCAAACAAAAAUGAUAACAACACAACUCAUCUCCCCACCACAAUAACAGAUGUUGAACAAGGAUCAAGUGAUUGUGGUGAAAGUGGCGCUGGCCAGAGAUUAUUAACGCUUUUAGAGAGAAGUCAUUUAGUAAAUGUUUUAGUAAUAGUAACAAGAUGGUACGGGGGCACUCCCCUAGGAUCCGCUCGUUUCAGGCAUAUAACAUCCAUAGCCGUAACGAGUUUAAAAAAGGGGAAAUUCCUUUCAUAA